GUUAUUUGUGGGGAGGCGCUGUAGCCAUUUCGCCACAUGAAAGCCCGAUGAGCUGAACGACCAACAUCCGAGUUGUUCAUGGAGAAGAGAAAUCAGCUUUGAGGAGCUCCGCGCGCACACAGACGUACGCGAAGUCGCGCGCAAAGACGCACGGCGCACAGACACGCACACUUCCUCCUCCUCCGCCGUGGAAAAAAGACAGAGAGAGAGAGAGAGGAACAGAGAGAGAGGGCACACGAAACGCAAACUUCCAACUCUCCCAUGUGGAAACCAGCGGUUUGAGGAUAAGGUAUAUUUUUCCUCUUCGGGGCUCCGUUCCUUCCCCCCUCUCUCCCUCUCUUUCUCUCUCUCAGUGUUUUUGCCCGGAGAGUUGGGUUUCUAUGAGAGUCUUGCUUGGUGAGAAGAGAAGUUUGGUUGUUUGCCUGGUCGGCUGAGGAGGAGGAGAAGAGUCGGGUUAAAAGUGGGGGAAGAUGGUCCGCAACGCCGCUUGGAGAAGAAGCUUGCUGUGCGUCCUGGCGCUCAGUCUCGGCUUUGCGUCCCCGCCGUGCAAAGCUCGGAUUUACACCAACCACUGGGCAGUCAGGAUAGCCGGGGGACCCGAGGUGGCCGAGCGGAUAGCGGAAAAAUAUGGCUAUAGGAACAUGGGACAGAUUGGGGAUCUCAAAGACCACUAUCACUUCUUCCAUAGUCGAACCAUCAAGCGGUCGACCUUGUCCAGCCGCGGACGCCAUAGUUUCAUCUCUAUGGAGCCCAAGGUGGAGUGGAUACAGCAGCAGGUGGUGAAGAGGAGGAUCAAGAGGGAUUACAAACCAUCCCCACCCCUUUCUUUGUCAAGCCCCGCCCACAGCAGCCUGGCCCAGAACAACAUAUUCUAUAACGACGCCAAGUGGAGCAGUAUGUGGUACAUUCACUGUAAUGAUGACGUCCAUAACUGCCAGUCGGACAUGAACAUCAUGGGGGCUUGGAAGAGAGGCUACACGGGAAAAGACGUUGUGGUGACUAUACUAGAUGAUGGUAUCGAGAGGAACCACCCAGACCUCUUUCAGAACUACGACCCUCAAGCAAGUUUUGAUGUCAACGGCAACGACAUGGAUCCCAUGCCUCGAUAUGACGCAACCAACGAGAACAAGCACGGGACACGGUGUGCGGGCGAAGUUGCUGCAGCCGCAAACAACUCCCAUUGCAUUGUGGGAAUUGCCUACAAUGCCAGAAUAGGAGGUGUGCGAAUGCUGGAUGGAGAUGUAACAGACAUGGUGGAGGCCAAGUCUCUGAGCCUGCAGCCGCAGCACAUCGACAUAUACAGUGCCAGCUGGGGACCUGAUGAUGACGGAAAGACUGUGGAUGGACCGGCGUCUCUGGCCAGGCAGGCUUUCGAGAAUGGCAUUCGCAUGGGGAGGAAGGGCCGCGGCUCCAUCUUUGUGUGGGCUUCAGGCAAUGGCGGGCGCAGCAGAGACCACUGCUCGUGUGACGGCUACACCAACUCCAUCUACACCAUCUCCAUCUCCAGCACAGCUGAGAGCGGACGAAAGCCCUGGUAUCUGGAGGAAUGCUCGUCCACACUGACCACCACCUACAGCAGCGGGGAGAACUACGACCGAAAGAUUAUCACAACAGACCUGAGACAUCGGUGUACAGACAGUCACACAGGGACAUCGGCAUCGGCUCCUAUGGCUGCUGCCAUUAUUGCUCUGGCCCUGGAGGCAAAUCCUCUUCUAACAUGGAGAGAUGUACAGCACAUCAUUGUAAAGACCUCCAGAGCUGGACAUCUCAGCGCCCCUGACUGGAAGACCAAUGCUGCUGGUUACAAUGUCAGCCACUUGUACGGCUUUGGUUUGAUGGAUGCAGAGGCGAUGGUGAAGGAGGCAGAGCGAUGGAGGCAAGUCCCCACUCAGCACGUCUGUGUGGAAAGUGCAGACCGACAGAUCAGAACCAUCCGUCCAGAGCAUGUGGUCCGGUCGGUGUACAAGGCGACAGGAUGCACUGACAACCCCAACCACCAUGUGAUCUACCUGGAGCAUGUGGUCGUACGUAUUACAAUCACACACCCUCGCCGUGGAGACCUGUCAAUCAACCUGACCUCACCCUCAGGGACCAAGUCUCAGCUGCUCGCCAACAGGUUGUUUGAUCACUCCAUGGAGGGUUUUAAGAACUGGGAGUUUAUGACCACCCACUGCUGGGGAGAGAAGGCAGCAGGCGACUGGGUCCUAGAGAUCUAUGACUCACCUUCUCAACUCCGCAGCCAGAAAGUACCUGGCAAGCUGAAGGAGUGGUCGCUGGUGCUGUAUGGCACCUCUGUGCACCCAUACUCAUCUCUGCGCAAUGAUAGGCCUCGCUCCACAGACACGCAGGCGCCCACUGAUGAGGAGUUCACAGAGGAGUACAUCGGCCCCUGUGACUCUGAAUGCAACGAGAAUGGCUGUGAGGGCCCAGGACCCCAUCACUGCAUUAACUGCCUCCACUACUUCCUCAAGUUCAAGAACAACACCAGGAUGUGUGUGUCGGAGUGCCCCAGUGGAUUUUUCCGUGAUGAUAGGAAGCGUUGCAAGAAGUGCUCCUCACUGUGUGAAACCUGUGUUGGUAGCCGUAGCGACCAGUGCACCUCAUGCAGGACUGGUUUCCACCUCAAUGAAGGUUCCAACACGUGUGUUGCCAACUGUGCCGACGGCUUCUACCUCGACUAUGAUUCCAACAUUUGCAGGAGAUGUCCAGAGAACUGUAAGAAGUGCAACACCUCCAAUCUCUGCACAGAAUGUAAACCUGGGAUGAGUCUUCAAGGAAACAAGUGUCAGAUGACCUGUGACGCAGGGACUUACUACAACGGCCACAGAAGGACUUGCGAGCCGUGCCAUCGGGCCUGUGCCACUUGUGCAGGCACAGGUAUAGAGGCCUGCACUAAGUGCGCAGAGGGCUACUUACUUGAGGACUGGCGGUGUGUGUCAACCUGCAGCACUGGGUACUACUUGUCAGAGCAGACCUCAGACAACGGGCAGGUGCAGAGGUCCUGUAAGAAGUGUGACCAUAGCUGCUACGAGUGCUUGGGGCCUGGUGAAAGGAACUGCAGCAGCUGUGUCAGUGGUUACAAUCUGGAGGCAGGAGCCUGUGUGGUCAGCACCAUCUGCAAAGAUGCAAAUGAAGAAUCUUGGGCGGAAGGCAGUUUCUGCGUGCUCGUUAAAAAGAACAAUCUUUGCCAGAGGAAAGUGCUGCAGCAACUGUGCUGCAGAACGUGCUCGCAAAAGGGGUGACGGGAUGUACUCACUGGGCGUAAAGGGAGUGCAGGGGGGGAUGUGGGGGCACAGGGGGAACCCCUCCUUCUCAAGCCCCCCUGCCCACUCAUUCACAGUCACAUAAUUUAUAAGAGAAUCUGUGCCUCUUAAAGGGACUGCAUCGGAGGUGCGAUGACAGGACUACAACAAACCUACCUUUUUUCUGUACUGGGACACACACACGUGGUCAGGGUGUAAAAUGACUGGGACUUACUUCAAGAACAAACGAGCAAAUGAAAACAAAAGUGAAAACAAACAAAAGAAUAAAAGUGUCGGUAUUUUGUGACCAAAGCAUCGAUGCCAAAAUAAUUGAACCUUCUUUUUUGUUGCCAGUGUAGGAAGCAUAGCUAAAAACAGGAGCCACUCAGCCUGUGAAAACUCUGAAUACGUCUGUGUGCAUUUUUAUUUUGGCUCCUCUUCCUCCUCUCUUUCCAGUGUUAACGAUAAACAGAUGGAAAGUGAACAUACAGUAGGAAAGGCCCUGGUUUUCUGCCUGUAAAUAUACGUCAGAGGAAAAAAAAAAGAAGCUCACUCAGUAAUGUGAAAAUAAUGUCUGUCUGGGCUGACUUUGGCUGUUUAGGGGAUAGAAGACAAAUUCACACGCAGUUAUAUACACACACACACACACACACACAUACAUAUGCAUAUAUACCACACACACACACGCUUAUAAACAUGAACUCAGAUACAUAAAUCAGCCAUCACUUGAAGUUACAGACGCCACAGUGUCACCGUAUGCCAAGACUGAUGCACGUUACUGACCAAAAUCACCUCAUUUCAUUUAUUUAAAAACAUAAACCUGCCCUCUGAAUAGUGUGCGUGUGUGUGUUUGUCUUUAUUGGUGUGUGUAGAAGAAUGCUAUUAAUUCUUGAUGUAAGCCCAGGCAGCAUUGAUUCAUUCGAGAGGUACUACAAGACAAGUCGAUAGUCAUUCCUUCCGGAGCUUUCUGCAGGGAAGGAAAUGCUGCAGUGAGUUAUAAUGAAUUUGGUACCAGGGAUGCACCGAUGCCCAUUUUUCACACAUGGUGCACAUUCUGGAUGCUAAACUUUUGCCCAAAACUGAGUAUCGAUUCCAUCCAUUAUUGUGACUGAACAAUUUAAAGCUCCACCAUUAUUUUGUUGUCACUGGAUAGAAUAAUUGAUAUAUAACUUAUAUUUGUUACAGGGAUCCUCAACUUUCCCAUAUGUUGGUUUGAUUGUCCACGUGCCAUAUGAAACCCCAGGGAAUUUUGUCCAAUAAUUAUAUUUGGUCUGUAUCGGUGCAUCCCUUCAUGUACUGUUCUCGAAUAAAAUAGAGUUUUAGAAGUUGAACUGUUCGUCAUUCCAUUUUAAUGGCAAUGCAUAUCAACUGAAGUAUUGCUCUACACUUUCAACACAGAAGGUCAAUGAUCGGCACAGAAAAUAUUCUGUUGUUAUCAUGUUUCAUCUGCAGGUAGAGGGUCUGACAGGCAGACAGACUGCUGUGGUCCAAAUCAGAGUUGUGACAUUUUUACUUUCAGUUAUUUUCUAAAAAGGGAUUUUAUCCAAAUUGUAGGUAUAGAAACACAUUUGGCCGUAGAACUUUGUGUUCCGUCAACUCAAGAAAAAUUGGAAAACAAAUGAGGCAAUCAUUUUUUUUUUUUUCUAUUUACAUCACAUUUGUUAAAACUGAAAGUGAACUGACAACAUCACAGCAGAACCAGGAGUGUGUCAGAAAUGUUAAUUCAUAUUGAGUCAAAACUGUAUUUGUGUUAAGGCCGGCUGACCUCAGACGCCUGGUUUUUCUUCCUGUCUGUCUCUGAAUCUUACCCGAUGAAAGUCAAAGGUUACUCUGGUGGUUUCUAAUAAAGAACAGCAGAAAAAUAAAAAAUAAUGUUUAAGAUUCUUAUUCUGUGUGGGUCUUCACACCUGCAGCUUGAGCAUUUACAGUAUUAGAUGAAUUGUUGUACUGUCAACUGGUUAUGGUUCUUGAUGAUUUGUAAUAAAGCUUGAUGAAUCCCC